AUCGCGACAAUUAUCGCGCUGUGUUGUGUAUUUAAGGCCGUGAUAAGGAGAUAUGUAUUUGUUUAAUGCUUUAACUCUUGAGUAAAACAAAGCUUCACAAAUACACUUACCGCGUGUUUGUUCAUUGGACGAUAAACUUAUAUCUUGAUGGGGUGAUAAUGAAUUAAUUUUCGGCUCGAAAAUUUCGUCUCAAUCCGGUACCAUCUUUCGUCGGUUCAAGACACAUUUCGGCAACCCUCCAUGAAAAGUUUCCCGUUAUUUCAAUAUUUUAUUUAGUCGGUUCGCGAAUUUGAGAAUUUCAAAAGUUCCAAAGAAAGAUCGAAUAAUAUUUACUUUUUAUCUACCACAAUGGGCUCAGAAGAGAGACACGUGGGCUAUAUUCCGGUGGCAGGGGAGGACCCAUCGGAAUCGCACCAGGGAAAUGGGAUAGAGUUGCAAAGCUUCGGAAAGCUGCAGUCAGUCGAUAAGCUCGCCAUGGGGGCCUCCAUCGAACCCACCAACCGAAAAUUUCUAUACGCUGCAGCCUGCGCAGUCAACAUUGCAUCCUUUGUAUGCGGUGUGACAUUUGGAUGGACAUCGCCUAUGAUUCCAAAACUAAAUGGGCAACAAGACCCUGACUUCAACCCCGUUCAACCUCCAAUCACACCCUCUGAAGAAUCUUGGAUCGGUUCUUUACUUCCCCUGGGGGCAGGGAUUGGACCAUUCGCUGCCGGAUUCUUCCUUGACAAGAUUGGACGGAAGAAGACGAUCCUUGCGUCAAACGUACCAUUCCUGGUAGCCUUCAUAAUGUUUGCAGUUUGUUCAGAAGUAAAAUACUUCUUUAUCGGACGGUUCCUUUGUGGUCUAGCAGUCGGUGGUACAUUUACUGUACUGCCCAUGUACGUAGCAGAAAUAUCAGACGACGCAGUCCGUGGGACGUUGGCAUCGUUGUUCCAACUGUUCAUAGUAACUGGUCUCCUAUUUUCUUACGCUGUUGGACCUUACGUCCCCAUAGCGACAUUCAAUUAUAUAUGUGCCGUUUUACCCUGUAUAUUCAUGGUCGUAUUCUUCAUUUUCAUUCCGGAAAGUCCUUACCAUCUGGUGGCCAUCAAAGAUGAUAAAGCUGCGUCCAAAGCUUUGGCGAAAUUCCGCGCAAAAUCUGAAGAUGACAUUCAGAAGGAACUGUCCACUAUCAAAGGUGCUGUUGAAGAAGCAAUGGCGAACAAUGGCAGCUUCUUCGACAUCUUCAAGUCAAAAGGAGCUACCAAAGCUCUGAUUAUAUCUCUAAGCCUUGUCGCCUUCCAGCAGUUCUCUGGUAUCAACGUGAUUCUGUUUUACAGUCAGACAAUUUUCGCAGCAACUGGAAGCACUAUUCCACCAGACCUUUCGAGCAUCGUGAUAGGUGCAACACAGAUAGUUGCGAGCUUUAUCACUCCAGCUGUUGUUGAAAAAAAGGGGAAAAGGUUUCUGCUCUUAAUCUCAGGAAUAGGUAUGGGAAUUGCGGAAGGCGUGUUGGGUUACUACUUCUAUUUGAAAACGGCGGGUUCCAAUGUUCAGCCCAUUUUCUGGCUUCCCGUCGCAUGUCUGAUCGUUUUUAUUUUGGCCUACUGUUCUGGUUUUGGACCUUUGCCAUGGGCCGUGUGCGCCGAAUUGUUCACUUCCGAUGUCAAAUCUUCAGCUUCGACAGCUACAGCGUCCAUCUGCUGGCUCUUGGGCUUCGUACUUACCAAGUACUUCGCCGACGUGUCCAAUGCCAUUGGCAUUUCAAACUCGUUUUAUAUUUUCGCUCUUUGCUGCUUCCUGGCGGCACUGUUCGUCUAUAAACUGCUACCGGAAACGUCGGGGAAAAGUUUACAAGAAAUACAAGACAUAUUGAACGGGAUUAGGAGGGACAAUAAUAGCGAAAACACAAAACUGUAAGGACAUAAUACCACGAGUGAGUUUAAGGUGCCAUAUAACAAUUACGUUAAAUAUUACGUGCAAUAUUAUUAUUAUUAUUUUUAUUAUAAUUUUUAUUAUCCUGUAAUUGUUAUACAUAAUUAACUCAAAAUUGAUUGUUAUUGAUGAUGAAAUGGUUAGCUAUGUUGAUGGAUACGAGUUUGUCCUUAAAAAAUUAAAAAUCGGACACUUAAGGCUACUUAGGUGCGAUGACAAAUUGAUUUUUGGCAUGACGGCAAGUCAUUAUUAUACAAAAGAAACGCUAUAUCUGAAAUAAGAAAUGGAAUAUCUAAAUACACAUUAAUUAUUCUGUUUUAUUUAUUGUACUAGCUACUGAAGUGUCUAGCUUUAAAUAGAUUCGCAAAUCAACGUUUAGAACGUACUGCAUAUAGUUCUUAAUUGAAUAUUGUUAUGGCGUGUAUUUAUAAUAUGUACACGUACAAUAAAUACGAGUUAUUUAUUUAAAAGAUGUUAUUUCAUAAAUAUGUAUAAACCACGCAUUUGUUCGUCCUUGUGUGAUAGUAGAUGAUAAAAGUAUUGUUGUUCUUCUUGCAAUUUUAAAUUGAAAUUUGAUACCUACCUAACAUUGUAAUAU